CAAGCGGCGCCGGCCUCUGCUGGUCCUUCUCCGAUGGCCGCAUGCCUGAGGGGACGAAGGGACCAGCUGCAUGCAGCGGAUACAACCUCCUCACAGGCAUUCCCUCUUCGCACGGGAAUGAACGGCCAACUGCAGUACUGGCCAUUCUCCUCCUCAGACCUCUACAACUGGAAAAAUAAUAACCCUCCUUUUUCUGAGGACCCCUCUAGGUUGACUGCUCUGAUUGAAUCUAUUUUGAUUACCCAUCAGCCUACAUGGGACGACUGCCACCAGCUGCUGCAGGCCCUGCUGACUUCGGAGGAACGGCAGAGGGUCCUCCUGGAAGCCCGGAAGGAAGUCCGGGGACCUGAUGGCCGCUCCACCCAAUUGCCUAAUGAAAUAGAUUCUGCCUUUCCCCUUGAAUGCCCCUCUUGGGAUUUCACCACGGUGAAAGGUAGGAAUCACCUAGCCCUCUAUCGCCAGUUGCUCAUAGCGGGUCUCCACAGGGCGGCUCGACGCCCAACGAAUUUGGCUCAGGUAAAGCAGGUUAUACAGGGGUCAGAGGAAACUCCCUCUGCGUUCCUUGAGAGGCUCAAAGAGGCUUACCGCAGAUAUACUCCCUAUGACCCUGACGACCCCGGACAGGAGACCAAUAUCUCCAUGUCUUUUAUUUGGCAGUCAGCUCCAGAUAUCAGACGCAAGCUGGAGCGUCUAGAGAACCUCAGGGAAAGCUCACUCAGGGAUCUGCUAAAGGAAGCAGAAAAGAUUUUCAAUAAGAGGGAGACUCAGGAAGAGAGGGAGGACCGCCUCAGGAGAGAAGCAGAGGAACGAGAGGACCGCUUCAGAAAAGAAGCCGAGGAAAGGGAAAAAGAGAGGGACCACAAGAGACAUAAGGAAAUGAGUAAACUUUUGGCCACCGUAGUGUCAGGGCAAAGACAGGAUAGACAGGGGGGAGACAGAAGAGGGCUACCCCUCGACAAGGACCAAUGUGCCUACUGGAAAGAAAAGGGGCAUUGGGCAAGGGAUUGUCCCAAGAACCCGAGGGGACCCAGAAGACCAAGACCUUCUCAGACCUCCCUCCUAGCUCUGGACGACUAGGGAGAUCAGGGCCAGGAGCCUCCCCCUGAGCCCAGGAUAACCUUAGAUGUUGGGGGGCAACCCGUCACCUUCCUAGUUGAUACCGGAGCUCAACACUCGGUGCUAACCAGGGACCCCGGACCCCUGAGUGACAAGUCUGCCUGGGUCCAAGGGGCCACUGGUGGAAAACGAUACCGAUGGACCAUGGAUCGCAAGGUUCUCCUAGCAACCGGUAAGGUGACUCAUUCUUUCCUCCACGUGCCUGACUGUCCAUAUCCGCUCCUAGGAAGGGACUUGCUCACAAAAUUAAAAGCCCAAAUUUACUUCAAGGAAACCGGAGCACAGGUAGUUGGCCCUCAGGGACAACCCUUACAUGUGCUGACUCUCAGCCUAGAAGAUGAAUAUAGGCUGCAUGAAAAAGACAGUACCACUGCGGCCCCCACUGAGGCUUAUUGGCUGGAUCGCUUUCCCCAGGCAUGGGCAGAAACCGGGGGAAUGGGGCUGGCCAGACAGCAGCCCCCUCUAGUGGUAAGCCUCAAGACAACUGCUACUCCUGUCUCGAUUAAACAGUAUCCCAUGUCUCAUGAGGCAAGGGAAGGAAUAAGGCCUCACAUCAAAAGGCUUCUUGACCAGGGAAUAUUAGUCCCCUGCCGGUCCCCUUGGAAUACCCCCUUGCUGCCCGUGAAAAAGCCAGGGACUGGGGACUAUAGACCUGUGCAGGAUCUAAGAGAGGUCAAUAAACGGGUGGAAGACAUACACCCGACAGUUCCUAACCCCUACAAUCUGUUAAGUGGACUAUCACCCUCGUAUACUUGGUAUACCGUCCUGGACCUCAAGGAUGCAUUCUUCUGCCUGAGACUGCACCCCAAAAGUCAGCCCAUAUUUGCCUUUGAAUGGAAGGAUCCUAAACUGGGGAUUUCAGGACAGCUGACCUGGACCAGGUUGCCUCAGGGUUUCAAAAAUAGCCCCACCCUGUUCGAUGAGGCCCUACACCGAGACUUAGCGGAUUUCAGGGUGAGGCAUCCUGGCCUGAUACUGUUACAAUAUGUUGAUGAUCUCUUGUUAGCUGCUACUUCGGCUCAGGACUGUAUAAAAGGAACUGAGGCAUUACUACAAGCCUUGGGGGAUCUAGGGUACCGAGCUUCUGCCAAAAAGGCCCAAAUAUGCCAACGGCAGGUCACCUACCUAGGGUACCAAAUCAGAGAAGGACAGAGGUGGCUAACGGAGGCCAGGAAAGACACAGUUAUAAAAAUCCCUACACCCCGGACACCCCGCCAGCUGAGAGAGUUCCUAGGGACAGCGGGAUUCUGCCGGCUCUGGAUCCCCGGAUUCGCGGAACUGGCAGCCCCUUUGUACCCACUGACUAAGCAGGGGGUGAUGUACUCAUGGGGAUCGGAUCAGGACGAGGCUUUUCAGAAAAUCAAACGGGCUCUGCUCACAGCCCCAGCCUUAGGCCUCCCUGACCUGACUAAGCCUUUUGAUUUGUUUGUCGAUGAGAAGCAAGGAUAUGCAAAAGGGGUCUUGACCCAGAGGCUGGGGCCCUGGCGGCGGCCAAUAGCCUACCUGUCCAAGAAAUUGGACCCCGUGGCUGCAGGAUGGCCCCCAUGCCUCAGAAUGGUAGCAGCAGUGGCAGUCCUCACCAAGGACGCUGGCAAACUGACUAUGGGCCAACCUUUGACCAUCCUGGCCCCACAUGCAAUUGAGACUCUAAUCAGACAACCCCCAGAUUGCUGGCUCUCCAAUGCCCGCAUGACCCAUUAUCAGGCCAUGCUCCUGGACUCGGACCGAAUCCAUUUCGGACCAGUGGUGGCGCUCAAUCCUGCAACCCUGCUACCACUCCCAGAGGAGAGACACGACUGUCUCGAGAUCCUUGCGGAAAUGCACGGGACCAGACCGGACCUGACGGAUCAACCCCUCCGGGAUGCGGAUGUCACCUGGUACACUGACGGCAGCAGCUUUUUGCGGGAAGGUGAGCGAAAGGCGGGUGCCGCGGUAAACCUCUGGGCACAGCCUCUGCCUGCGGGGACAUCUGCGCAGCGAGCAGAGCUUGUCGCCUUGACACAAGCUUUGAGGAUGGCAGAAGGUAAGAAGCUCAAUGUCUAUACUGACAGCCGAUAUGCUUUUGCCACUGCUCAUGUUCACGGGGAGAUAUACAGAAGAAGAGGGCUACUGACUUCAGAAGGAAAGGAAAUCAAAAAUAAACCAGAGAUCUUAGCCUUGUUAGAAGCUUUAUUUCUGCCUCGGAAACUGAGCUUUAUACAUUGCCCAGGACACCAGAAAGGAGACAGCCCUGAGGCUCGAGGAAACCGGCUGGCUGAUGAAGCCGCCAAACAGGUGGCCCUGCAAGCUCCGCUGGCCAUACUGCCCAUGCACCAAGAUAAGAGAGACCCCCUCAAAUAUGAUGAGGAGGAUCUAAAGCUCCUGGCAGACAUGGGAGCGGAGCAGGACCAGAAAACGGGCGAAUGGACAUGGAAGGGAAAAACAGUGAUGCCGAUGGCAUACACUUAUAAGAUGCUUGAUUACUUACGUAAAUUGACCCAUCUAAGCCCCCGAAAGAUGAAAACUUUGUUAGACCGGCAGGAAACUUUUUGCUAUUUACUGGGGCGAGACAGCAUCCUCCAAAAAGUUCUGGACAAAUGUAGAGCAUGUGCACAGGUAAAUGCAGGAAAAACCAAGGUGGGACAGGGGGUGCGAAUCCGUGGACAUCGACCAGGAGUACAAUGGGAAAUUGACUUUACUGAAAUAAAACCAGGCAUGUAUGGAUACCGGUACUUAUUGGUAUUUGUGGACACCUUUUCGGGAUGGGUGGAAGCCUUCCCGACCAAGCAUGAGACAGCAAAAAUUGUGACCAAAAAGCUGCUGGAAGAAAUCUUCCCCAGGUAUGCCAUGCCCCAAAUGUUGGGCACUGAUAAUGGGCCCGCCUUUGUCUCCCAGGUAAGUCAGUUGGUGGCCAAACUAUUGGGGAUUGAUUGGAAAUUACAUUGUGCAUACAGACCCCAGAGUUCAGGACAGGUAGAAAGAAUGAAUAGAACUAUUAAGGAGACUUUGACCAAAUUAACGCUUGCAACUGGCACUAGAGACUGGGUGCUCCUACUACCCCUAGCCCUCUACAGAGCUCACAAUACACCAGGACCCCACGGGCUCACACCUUUUGAAAUACUAUAUGGGGCGCCCCCGCCCUUCAUUAAUUUCUUUGACUCCAACAUUUCAGACUUUGCUAAUAGCCCCUCUCUGGAAGCUCAUUUACAGGCACUCCAGAUCGUGCAGAGAGAGGUCUGGAAGCCACUUGCUGCAGCCUAUAAGGAACAAUUAGACAGACCAGCGGUACCUCACAGCUACCAGAUUGGCGAUACAGUUUGGGUCCGCAGACAUCAGACUAAGAAUCUGGAACCCCGCUGGAAAGGACCCUACACCGUGCUGCUAACCACUCCAACGGCACUGAAAGUUGACGGCAUCGUGGCCUGGGUCCACGCCUCCCACGUAAAAGCAGCUCGUACGGAAGGAGAUACAGCAGAACCACUAUGGAGGGUCCAGCGCUCUCAAAACCCUCUAAAGAUAAGACUUACCCGGGGGCCCCAUUGACUGGUUUAUGGAUCUUGUUGGGACUAGGGAUGAUAGUCCGGGGAGACAGCCCUCACCUGGUGGCCCCCACUUACCCCGGAUUUCUGCCAGCUUGCAGCAGGAUCAGAGAUAUGGGAUAUUCCUGAUUUGCUACCUACACAGUUAAAGGACCGGGCAGGCAGCCGCUUUUCUCCUGGGGGAAAAUUCGGC